GUAUAGACACUAGUGCAGUGAGGUGCUGGGUGUUUACAUGGAGUCAUUGUUAUUUAAGACCUGAGGUCUUUUGGAUGUAUAAGAUCAGUGACUGGCAUUUUGACUGCCAUUCAGCAUGGGCGAGUGAAUGUUACCAUAGCCCCGGGUUAACCCAAGCCAUAUGAGGAAAAUUAGGGCGAUGGCACACUGUGUGGGCCAUUGGAUGUUGCCAAGAGUACUAAAUACUCUAGGACUCUCCAUUUAAGCCACAACCCCUCCUGGAAAUAAUAGACGGGUAUAUUCCUCGAUAUUUGUGAGGCUAGCCAUGUAAAAUAUGCACAUCUUUCUGUCUGUCUGUCUGUCUGUCUGUCAGGUCCAUAGCUAGAGACCAUCCCACUGUGCAAGGCUCUGCUAAAAUGACUAAGAUAAACCUAAUAUGUACAAGCCACAAGUGUUGAAGAAUUGUACUUCUGUCACCACAAUUGACAUGAGCAUUAAUUAUGCAAGCACUAAAAUAGAAAAAUAUAUGUAUGCUUUAUAUAUCUACCAAUGCAGCCAACAAAGUGAAAUAAGUGUCUAUUGAAAAUAACUUUCAUUUAUAUAUGAAUUUUAAAUUAAAUGACUUUUUAAUCAAAGACAAUGGAUGCAGCUGUGAGACAUAUGUUAAUUCAGGCUGAAAAUGAACAAAAUGAUGUAUUAUUACGUGAAGCUUUCGAAAAGUUGAGACGUGGAAGAAAAAUAACUGGUGAUCACACUGAUCCAUUUAGUUCUGACUUGUAUGUUGUCUGUGCUGAAGUCUCAAUUAAGCUGGGAAGUAAAGAAAUUGUUGAAGAGUGCAUUAAGUUAUAUUUUCAAAAAACACCUUCAGAUAAUCAGUUUUUAUGUCGAGCUUAUUUAUGUCAAGCACAGUUACAUGCUCCUGCAUCAUGCUUUCAACAGGAAAAGUUGGUUUCAUCAACUGGUUAUCUUCUUAAAGCAAUUGCUUUUGCAAAAACAAAUACCAGAUACCACUUUCUGGUUUACAAUGCAUCAGUUUUGUAUUGGGCUUUUGCUCGCCCAUUUAUGAAGCCAAAUUUCCGUCAUUUGUUAGCAAAAAGUCUUCAUGUGGUUGUAAAAGCAUUGGAUGAGGUCAAUGAUGAGGAUUACGAAUGGAGAGCACACCUUAUGAUAGCUGUCAUGGAAUGCCAUAUUGAUGCUGGUAGAAGAGAUGAUGCAUUGCACGUUGGUCAGGCUGCUAUGCAGUUUACAAAAUCUUUUGUUCCACAUAUGUGCAAAGAAGUGUUUACGCUUCAGAUUCGAUAUAAGCUGAUUGAUCCUGGACGAAUUUCAAGUAUAACUAAAUCAUCAUUCGAAUUAAUGAUUUGUUAUAAAAUCCUGAAGCUUACAAGUCAAACAGAAACGUCUGCUGUAAACACCAGCUUGGAGAUUGGAAAAAUAUUUAAACUUAUCACUGAUGGAGAAGAUACAAGUUCAGUAGAUACAAGAAGUACAAACAGUAGCAGGAAUUUUCUCCCACUUCUUCCAGCCGAAAAGAACUCUUUAUUGCUGGACUUGUUACGGUUAUGUUUGGAUAAGGGUCAACCGGAGGCAGCAGAACAGUGUGUCGAUGAACUUCAACAUCUUGUUGCGGAUGACAAGUUAUUGUUGCAGAUUGACUUUCUUAAAUGUGACCUAAUGGUUAGGAAAUUAAAAGAGAAGAGUGAAAGUUACAGCAAAUCCAACAUUGAAGUUCGCCUCCAAGCAAUUUACACUAUUGAAAAUCAUUUAAUCUCAGCUAAUCGCUUGAAUGAUGAGAAUACAAUUCAGAUGGGUUGCUUAACUUUGUGGAAUUUAUGCCUGCCUUUACUUCAACACAAUUUAAGACACAAAAUACGAAAGCAACUUUUAUUAGCCGUUGAAAUGUUAGAAAAUAUUGACAGCUUGCUUACAUUACUACGGUGUCAAAUGCAUUAUGAGGUUGCUAAAUGUGAAGAGGAUGAUGAUCAACUACAGUCUGCCAUAACACAUCUCCUUAAGGCACUUGACUUGGAUGACUCGCAAAGUUAUAAAUCCCGGUUGGAGCACUCAUUACAGCGACUCAAGUUGAAGGCAUUGUUAUAUCAACUACCUGAAAGACCUGAAGACCAUGCGGCAAUGAUUAUAGAGCAGGCGGAGUCUAGUGUUGAUGCCAAAACAUCUUUCAAGAUGCGUAAUUACCUUUUGAAAGCUGGAAUGCUGCUUGCUCCAGAUGUAUUUUUAUUAGCUAUGGAUGGAGAAGAAGCAUUAAAAGUAGGGCAAGGUUCUAUUGAAAAAUUAGCAGAUAAAGUUAAUCAAUAUAAGAAAGCUAUAUCAAAAAUAAGUGGACAUUUAAAUAGGCUGGAAGAUACUGACCCAAUUGAAAGAGUUAAACUUUGGGCUGAUCUCGCAAAAACAGCACGUAAACAACAAGUUUGGGAUGUCACAAGAAUUGCCGCAACAUUCUGUCUUUUAUACGAUGACAACAGAUGGUUUGUUAACACAGUUGAUAAUCUUCCUUCAAAGAUUUUCGAUGGAAAGUUCUCAAACAACAAUCAAACAAAUGUGGGGAAUGUAAUUGAAUUUGGCGUUUUGUCAAGGGAGCAACUUGGUGGGAAAAAAACCUUCUCAACUGAUUCCGACUUACUAAGGUUGCUAGCUGAAGUUAAUUUCAUAUACGCAGAGGCACUUGUGCAACUACUUCAAAGUGAAGGACUUCACCUUCUACAAAAAGCUAAAGCCCCUGAGGACAAUAAACUCAGACCAAAGAAGUACCAAAAUAAUCCUGUUAAAGCAUCAGAGAUGCCAGAAUGGUUGACUUAUAGUGAUUGGAUUGAUGAUGUGUCGACUCAAGCGAUAAAUCAAUUUCAAAGAGCUGCGAUCAUUGGUGUCGAGUUAAAAGAACCUUGGAUCGUUUGUAAUGCUGGCAUAUACGUCUGGAAUUACACAAAGCAUUUGCUAUCUGAAGGCAAAUACUCUUCACUAACUAAGGUGUUUCGACCUUUAUUUACUAGUUUGCAAUCUGUGGGACACGAUACUGAAGCUGUAUUUCUUUGUGAUCUUACAAAUGCCAUAGCGCUUGGCUAUUUGCAACCGUAUAUACCUCAAUCAUAUUACGAAGCUGUUGAGAAGUGCCUUGAAGAUCACAGUAGUACAUCAAGCAAAGAUAAAAAAGCAAAACUUGGAACUAGUUCGAAUCAUCACACCUCUUUAAAGUCAAAAGCAGCAGCAUCUAGUGUGCACCUUACUGCAGGCGCUAUUUCUGAAGUAAAGGAAGCAGUUGAUAUUGUUGAGUACACUCUAAAUGUGACAUCAGGAGCAGAAAAACGCAACAUUGUACCUAUCAGCGUUCGACAUAAAUUAAUCAAAACAUGGGUGCUUUGCAAAGGCCUUUUAAAUCAACAACUACCAAGAAACUAUGGCCAUGAUAAUGAUGCUAUUGACUCACAAGGUCCAAUGUCGAAGGCUUUGUGCGCUGUCGAGGCCUUGUCUCUUCACACAAAGCAUGUUGCUGAAUUUCCUUCAUGUUCAAAUAUUUCAGAGGUUAUCAAGUUAGUUAAGCAUGCUAAAUGGACUGAUCAGUUAUUGCUACUUCAAGUCUGGACUCAACUCGCAUUGGUAGCUUAUAACUCCAACAUGGUAGACAUAGCUGUAAGCUGCUGCGAUACUGCUUUGAAUACUGGGAAUGGAAGUGAUGCAUAUUCCAAAAAAAAUCGAAAGAAAAAAACGAGCUUCUACAAACACAAUUGCCUUGUGGAGCAAGAAAUGUUGUGUUAUGCAAGUACCAUCAAGGGACAAUGUCUUGUCGCCACGAUGAAAGGGAGGAUGGAAGUGAGAAGAUUGGCACUGGAAUGCUUCGUAAAUGCUUGCAAGUAUGGUAGUGAAGCCGAAAAUUACGAUUUGGUGAUGUCUGCAACACGACACUACUGGAAUACUGUUUAUCAAUUAAUAUCUGUUCCAAUCGAAAGAAAGCUGUUAAAAGAGCCAAUCAAAACCAUCCUAGAUUGUGUCACAAGCGUCGCAAAAAAUGUUUUUGACAACAAGGAUGGAAAUAACAGAACCGAGUCAACAAAAAAGACAUCUCUGGCUGUGAAUGUAAACAACAAAAACAGCAACACAGAACCAGCGCAAUGGAGUUCAAAUGGAAAGACGUCGUUAGACGGGGAUCUGCGACUGAGAGCUGCUCUUUACAGCGUUCUAUUUCAGACAUUUGCUGACAAGGGAGAAUUUAACGAUGGCCUUCUGGCAAUGGAUAAAGCAAUAAAGGUCAUGCCUCGAACUCACCAUCGUUUACUAAUCUUCAAGCACAGAGUUAUAACGCAAGCUAAAUUGUCAAAGACUGUUCAAUUUGACAUGGGCAAAUUUCGCGACGAGAGCGAAUCUUUACUCUCGCAAAUGUGGCAACGUGUCGCGAAUUAUUCGACGCAUCCUAAAAAUCAAAUGUCAGCUUACAUUAACGCUAUCGAUGUUCUAACUAAAGACGAAAACACGUAUCAGAGGGUUGAUUACUUAGCUGAAUUCGGAGAAUGGCUAUUUGUAAACGAGUACCCCGUGCAGAAAGCGGUUGACCAACUCUUGUUCGCAAUCAGUUUACUCGUAAAUGAUCUCGAUAAUUCAGCUUUAAACCCCUCUAGUAGUUUUAUUUCCUUCAAAGACGACAUGAAGUACCUGCAGAACGUUAAAGACAUUUUCAAAAUGGACACUUUGAUUCGUUUGUACGUCAUGAUCUCGGAAAUGGUUGGGCGUCGAGAUGAACUGUAUCAACAGUACAAUUUAGCUGCAGCAUACCUCGUGCAACACAUGUGGAAGACAGCAAUUACGAACGCCGAGAAGGCGGUAAAAGAAGGAAUUAAACCAGGCGAAUCGGCUCCGGCAAAGAAAAGCAAUAAAGGAUCAAGAGAAUACGCGCGAGUGGAGAAGUCAUCUUUCAGAUCAUCACUACCUUCCACCAUUGAACUGUGGGCCACCUACCAAAUCCCAGACAAGUUAAAAGAACAUUUCACUGCAGAUACGCAUGGUUUAUACAUCAGUAAAAGCUCCAUCCAAAAACCGAUGUUAUCCUUGUAUUUCUUAGAGAAGCUAACAGAGAACUUGGCUAGUAUUGGUUUCCAUCAUUUGUCAGUGCAGGUUAUGUUGCUACGAACGUAUAUUGCGAAAGAACUGGUUGGUAAUAGAAGUUUGUUGUUGCUGAUGUAUAUGAGAAGUUGCGAGUUGUACAGAAGAUUGAACAUGAAUGCAGCAUAUGAACGCUAUCACUCGUUUUUAGAAGAACCUAUUUUGACAGAAGAGGACCAAGAAAAGUCGAGAGAGGAAAUUGAAGUUUGGGAAGAAAAGCAAAGACAAGUGAGGUUGGAGGAACUGCGUCAGGGAAGUGAAACAAAACUUAUCACUGCGCAGUAUCUGCCAUCGUCGAGCUGCAAACCAGAAUUGGGGAAGGUGCUCCUACGAGAUGUUUGGGCAAAAAUGGCGGAAUAUUUAAUUGAGCAGUCGCAAUAUCAAAGCGCAAGAAAGUUACUCGAAGAAGCCAGUCUGUCAGCAGUCGCCUUUGGUGACUAUGAAACGCAAGAACUGAUUAAUUAUAAUUUUGCCCUGAUUGCGUAUCAUGAAAAAGACUGGGGCAAAGCUAUAUCAUUUCUACAGCAUUCGAAAGUUCUACGCAACUCGCAAACGUUUUGGAUGAAGAAAAUACUGCUUCUGGUGGAUUCUUUACAUAAUUUUUCUAAACAAGACACAACUUUUCAGAGUCAUUUAACCGAUGAUGGAUUGAAGAAUUCUAAAAGUGUACUGGAGAAUGCCAUAGCAACUAUCAAUGAGCUUAUUGCCACGAAAAAGAAUUGCACCCACCUUGGACCUUACAUCAAAGCUAGGUUUCUAUCUCACUUGGGUAUGAUUUUGUACACUGAAAGCAAAGAAAAGCGUUAUAAGACGUUAAGUGAUAAAACUGAAUUUCUUCAAAAUGCUUGUUACUAUCUCGAAGAAGGAUUCAAGCAGCUUAGCGAGUUGGGAUAUAAAAGGGAGAGCAUCGAGAUGAUGUUUCUUCAAGUAGAGAUAAGAAAAAAGCUUGCUUUGUCUCAGCAGAAUGAUCAAGUUAAAAAGAAGAUGUUGUUAGAAACAGUCAAAAUGGCGCGCUCCGCUGUGGAAAAUGUUACUAUAGUUGCAGCGGAAAUCACUGACUUAUCCAAGAGAGACGAAGUUGGGAAUAUUUUUCUGCCGAUUCAGCAUGACAUCAUCACAGCACGUGUACACUGUAUUGAUGUAAUGUACGAAAUAAUAAAAGUGGCUUUGGAGGAAAAAAAAAUGAAAAGAUUAAAAGAAGAAGGGAAAGAAUAUAUCGUACGGCUUAUUGAUAACUACAUCGAAACGCCUCCUGAGUUAACAAGUUUUGACGUAACUUGGUUAAACACGAUUUCACAUAUCCCACAAGAAGCCAUGAUGCUUUCUGCUGCCAUACAUAGCCUUACUAACAAGCUUCCUACUUUGCAUGCAAAAGCUGCUCUACAGUUAGGUCUACUGUUAAGCAUGCUGGCGAGAUAUAAUAACGACGACCAUUUUGAUGCUUGGACUCAUCAUGAGCAGGCAAUCAUGCAAGGCGAUAUUGACCACAUUUCUUGCACUCCUUCGCAGAUGCAUCGCUUGAAAUCACAGGAUGACCAACUAUCUGAGCUGCAAAACUGCAUAUAUUUUUCUUCUCAAGCAGUCGAAAGUUUGCUGCAAGCCAUCCAAAUAGGUCUUCAUCACAAAAAUACGAUUGCUCUACAAAAAAGUUCUCUUCAGUUGCUAGAUUUGGUUGGAACGAGAGAUGCAUAUUUCUCAGUGCAAUUGCUUGCAUUAUACCAGAGUACUGGUGCAGCAAUAGCUAUGGAAAAGGUUUUACAGCGUGCGUUCAUUGAUCCACACACGUCAGAGAGCGCCGCUGUUAUGGCGCAGCAUGAACAACUAAGAAAAACAAUGAUGGGCGGAUCAAAUGUUUCUUUGCACUUUAACAGCACUGCUAUGAAUAAUUUUGAGUGGUGUAGACGCCUUUCCAUUUCGAAAAAUCAUUUUGAAAUUUUAAAAGACAUCCCGUUCAACAUCACCUACGUACUGUUGCAGCAUUCAUACGAUCAAAACUACGUGUACGGUGGCGUGAUGGAGAGAUAUCGACCAAUUACUUCUGCAAAAAAGAAAGAUUCCUCUUCAGCUUCAAGGACAACAAUUGCACGACAGUCGACCAGUCCGGAGUUACUUAGUAAACUUCUUGAGAUGUGUUCUGAGUAUAAGUCAAUGGUGGCUGGAGAACUGAUGAGACAAAUUUACGCACGUUAUCAAAGAGACAGAAGAAAGGAGCUUCUCGGGAAAAAGUUUGAAUCUGAGGAGGCUACGUUGCAAGAGAAAGAAACUACUGAACAUGAAUCUAAAAAAAUUAGCGAAACUUUUGACGCACUUGUAACAGCCAUCGAGGCUUAUUUCGGAAACGUAUUAACACAAAUCCAGAAAAGCUUCGAGCAGGAUACGGCACUAUAUUUUGUUGUUUUGCUGGCUGACGAAAAUCUGCUGGAAUUGCCACUAGAGGCGAUGAGCAUCUUCAAGAAACCUGAAAUUAAGUCUUUGUCAAGAGAUUUUUCACUGCAAAUGUUUUACCAUAGAUUCAAACAAGGAGAGCCUGACGCUGGUAGGCAGAGUAAAGCAGAUCAAAAAACACCAUUAAAAGGAAAACCGGACGCAAAAGCGACGAAAAGUGAUAAAGGUGGUAGUCCAGCUACUAAACGUAAAAUAACUGCUGAUAAAAAGGCCUGUGGCAAAGAGUUCGUCAUUGACAAAGAUAACAUUAUGUUGGACAUCUCAAAUUUGAAAUAUUUGGUAGAUCCACUAAACGAUGGAUUCUCUGAACCUGAUCGACCAGAGAUCACUAUAGAUCGCAUCACUAAUGCGUACAAACAAACGUCGAAAUGGACUGGUAUUAAAGGAUAUGAAGAAGUUUCCAACGUGAAAGACAUGCAGACUCUUCUAAGAGACAGUGCAGGCUUUUUAUUUCUGGGAUACGAACGUUUUUUGUCCUUCCUUCCACCAAGCUGUGUUGCGGCUUUCAAUUUAAAGGAAUGUCACUUUGCUGUGUUGUUGGACUUAGUCAAAACUAGUAGCAGCUAUUUACGACAGGGCAAUCUGGAUGCUGCAAAAAGCCCAAGCGAUCUUCAGUUGGAGAAUCCUGUUCAGACGAGCAUGAUUCUUUCCUUAUGUGGAAUAUCUGCAUUGGCUCUCAAUCAAUGGAACGGCACUUUGAAAGAAAAUGAGAAAAAACUUGAAACAAUUCUUAGUGGUCUGUGGCUUAGUAACCUUAGUGUUGGGCAAGCCAUCCGGGCAAUAGUUUUCCCGCAAAAGUUAAACCCACCAGAAGACAAAGUCCCGAGGGGAAGCUCCAAAAAGAAGUCUAGUACGGCUAGUAAAGAAAGUCGAGCAGCAAGCUGUGCGAGUGAACAGGUUGAUGUACCAAAUACACUAAAUAUGGAGGGAGAAAAUGUGAAAUUAAAUUAUGACCUCUAUAAUAUGGUGAUGUAUGGUUUACCGAAUUUUGUUGUAAAUUAAAUGAACUUUAUAGGAUACAUGUUUAAAUAGUAAAACAGCAACUUUAAUUUAAAAUUGUUCGUGUGAACCAGUGGCGCGCUUAUCUUCAGCGUAAUAAAAUCUUUUGAAAAAAUUCAUUUUUCAGAUAACGUUAUUUUGAAUGUUAUAAAUAUUUUUAUGUAUAUAACUGUAAUUGUUUGAUUCAAAAUUAUUUAUUUCCGUAAACAUAUAUUUUUUUAAUUUGCUGUACUAAAAAAAUUACCUGUUCCUACAACAGAA